AUGUCGGGACGCGGCAAGGGGAAAUCGUCGAAGAAGUCCGUCACGAGGUCGGCCAAGGCCGGGCUGCAGUUCCCGGUGGGCAGGAUCGCCCGCUACCUGAAGAAGGGCAAGUACGCGGAGCGCAUCGGGGCCGGCGCGCCGGUCUACCUGGCGGCGGUCCUGGAGUACCUGGCGGCCGAGGUGCUGGAGCUGGCUGGCAACGCAGCCAGGGACAACAAGAAGACGCGCAUCAUUCCCAGGCACAUCCAGCUGGCGAUCCGCAACGACGAGGAGCUCAGCAAGCUUCUCAACGACGUGACGAUCGCGGCGGGCGGCGUGCUGCCCAACAUCCACUCCGUGCUGCUGCCCAAGAGCGCGAAGAAGGCCGCCGCUUGA